UCAAAACAAGCUGAUCAGCUGAUGAAACUGGGAACAACAUCUUUAUGAAAUAUAGCUGUCGGGCAGUGAAAUUAUUUUAACAAGCUAUCAAAAAGAACGGCUUCUUUGUGCUGAAUAAUCAUGCCAUGUUUGUCUAUUAAAAGAUUAUUGCGUAUUUCUCUGUAGAAGCAACGGUUUUAGGUUACGAAACAGCCAUCGUCCGCGGGGAAAACUAUCUAGCUGCUCGUUCUAGGCUACAAGGUCCAUCUUUUUGGCUUGACGGAGAAUUUUGUUGAUGGGUUGGUGCUUGACAAAUUGGUCGUUUGAGUUGAUGUAGAGUAACUUGAAAAAUACGCAAGUGUCAUCUUUUGUUAUAAGCGGAUUUGUUGAUGUCUUUACACAGUCACCAUUGCCUAUUUCUGGUGUCAAAUUGGCUUAGCCAACAACAACAACAGCAGCUAACCAUACAGUUGUCUAACUAGCAAGAUAAUUACAAUGUUAUUGCUGAUUGACAGCUAACGAUUAUAAUAAUAAUAUGCCAUUUAGCAGACGCUUUUAUCCAAAGCGACUUACAGUCAUUACUUGCAGGUGGGGCUUGUAAGCUAACUGCAUGUCUGGACAUGUAUGUAGGAAGUCGUUGUUGUGAUUGUUUUGCUGACAGACAGGCAGAUAUGUAGAGUACUUUGAUGACAUAUGGCUAUGUCAAAGUGACCUAUCACAGUUCAUAUUAAAUAUCGAUCUGCUAAGUGCUUUGGGGAGUAUAGAAGAGAGACACCACUAACAGAAAAAAACACAAGGCGCUAGAGAAGAAUACAUUUAAAUCUUUAACACUGUAGAAACAUAUCUCCCAACAGUCUGGUUUCGCAAUCCUAGUGCAGUUUUAUACUCUUCAGACACAGCUCCUCAGGCACAGGUUAUCGGCAGAAAGGUGCACUUGUUAGCAGUAGCACACUGAAGUGAUCAUUAUGAGUGGUCAAGGUCCGUCAGUAGAUAAGGGGAUAAACACCAUCCUGGUGUGUCAGGAGAGCUACGCCUGCGGUGGAUCGGACGAGGCCGCCUUCGAAUGCGACGAGUGCGGCAGCCUGCAGUGCGUCCGCUGCGAGCUCGAACUCCAUCGUCAGGAACGCAUGAGGAACCAUGACCGUGUCCGCAUCGCCCCCGGACACGUUCCAUUCUGUGAUUCCUGUAAAGGCGACAGCAGCGGUUGUGGGGUGAACGGGGGCAGGCUGAGGGCGGUGGUGCGCUGCCAGGGCUGUAAGAUCAACCUGUGUCUGGACUGCCAGAAGCGGACCCAUAGUGGGGUAAACAAGAGGAAGCACCCCGUGACCCCCUACCCUCCUCCGGGGCAAGUCCAGGAUAGUAGCCUGGAGGCUGGGGAUGGAGGGGAGAUGGAGGCCCUCAAGGCCAAACUGGAGAAGGUGUGCAGCUUCUUACUGGUGGAUGAGAAGGAGGAGAUGCAGUUGAAGGAUGAGGAAGACUUUGUGAUCCGGCUGGACUGUAGGCCCGAGGAACUCCUCAAGGUCGUGUCUAUCUUUGGGAACACAGGGGAGGGGAAGUCCCACACCCUGAACCAUACCUUCUUCCUGGGGCGGGAGGUGUUCCAGACGUCCCCCACCCAGGAGUCAUGCACCGUGGGAGUCUGGGCUGCCAUGGACCCCAUCCACAGGGUGGUGGUGAUCGACACAGAGGGACUGCUGGGGGCAGGAUCCAAUCAGGGCCAGCGCACCCGGCUGCUCCUCAAAGUCCUGGCUGUCUCCGACCUCGUCAUCUACCGUACCCACGCCGACCGUCUCCACGACGACCUGUUCAAGUUCCUAGGCGACGCGUCGGACGCCUAUCUGAAGCACUUCACCAGGGAGCUGAAGGCCACCACGGCCCGGUGUGGCCUGGACGUCCCUCUGUCCACUCUGGGACCAGCUGUUAUUAUCUUCCAUGAGACCGUCCACACCAAGCUACUGGGCUCAGACAAGCCGUCAGAGUCUGCAGAGCGCCUGCUCCAGGAGCGGUUCAGGAAGCUGGCUUUUCCCGAGGCCUUCAGCUCAAUCCAGUACAGUGGGACUCGAACCUAACCCCCGACAGAUUUCAGUGGUCUGCUGCGGAGUCUGGAGCAACAGCUAGACAACAACACCACCCGCUCACCACGCUCCGCCAGCGUCAUAUACAGGGCCUUACAGGCCCUGAGUGAGCGUUUCAGCGGAGAUAUCCCAGAAGAGCACCUGGCCAGUAACUCUUUCUUCCCUGAUGAGUACUUCACCUGCUCCAGUAUCUGUCUCAGCUGUGGGUCUGGCUGUAAGAACAGUAUGAACCAUCUGAAGGAGGAAGUGGACCACGAGGCUAAACACCGCUGUCGCUACGCUGCUCAAUACGACAACCGCAUCUACACCUGUAAAGCGUGCUAUGAGGGAGGGAAGGAGGUGAUUGUGAUUCCCAAGACGUCGGCCUCCUCUGACUCUCCCUGGUUUGGUCUGGCCACCUACGCCUGGUCUGGGUAUGUGAUAGAGUGUCCCAACUGUGGGGUGAUCUACAGAAGCAGGCAGUACUGGUACGGGAACCAGGACCCGGUGGACACGGUGGUCAGAACUGAAAUAGAACACAUCUGGCCUGGGUCGGAUGGUUUUCUGAAGGACAACAACAAUGCAGCCCAGAGACUGUUGGACGGUGUGAACUACAUCUCCCAGAGUGUGUCAGAGCUCAGUGUGAAACCUGCCAAAGCUGUCACUUCCUGGCUCACCGACCAGAUUGCCCCGGCCUACUGGAAACCCAACUCCCUCAUCCUGAAAUGUGCUAAGUGCAGUGAGGUGUUCCAGGACAACGAUACUAAGCACCACUGCCGUGCCUGCGGAGAGGGUUUCUGUGACGGCUGCUCCUCCAUGAACCGCCCUGUUCCAGAGAGGGGCUGGGGGCUCGCCCCCGUACGGGUCUGUGACGCCUGCUUCCAUAACCGGGGCAUCUCAGAAGAGCUGCUGGAUGCAGCGUUGGAGGAGGAGGAGGGAGGGACACUCAGUAGGAGAGUAGGAGAGGCUGUUCAGAAUACACUAGGAGCUGUGGUCACCGCUACAUACAUCCCUCUGGGCCUGGUGAAGGAUGCAGCUCGUCCAGCCUACUGGGUUCCUGACCAGGACAUCCGGUGCUGCUGUGAGUGUCAGAGAGACUUCUCCGCCCCGCGUCUCUCCAUCCACCACUGCAGGGCCUGCGGCCAGGGCGUGUGUGACGACUGCUCCCCUGAACGCAGAGCGGUGCCCUCUAGGGGUUGGGACCACCCGGUGCGCGUCUGCAACACCUGCCACCAGAAACCUGGGGACCUCUAGUAGGAGACAGGAGAGUGAGGGAACACAUUGGCACCCUAUUCCCCAUAGGGCCCUGGUCAAAAGUAGUGCACUAUAUAGGGAAUAGGGUGCCAUUUGGGAUGCGACCAGAGACAGUCAAGGGUUGUGUUCAGUAGGCUCGAAAUGGAAGAAAAUUCUCCAAAACAGGGAGGGACUCUCUGUAAUUGUCCAAUAAGAAAGUCGAUUUUGUUUUCCGCUUUGAAACGUUUUUUUUUUGCUACGGUGUGCCCUAAUGAACACGGUUCUACCUAACACUGCGGAACCGGAACACUCCCCUCUCUGUGGCUCAGGGCCAGUUUUUAAGGGAGUUCUUGUUAUUGAUUGUGAUGUCAUCAGUCUCAAGGCUUGGACGUCACGUCGGAUCGGAUGUCCUCACUUUAUCCUUUGACGAGAGCGAGAGAGAUGUAUGUUCCAUGGCUCGAAGAAGAGGAAUCGCAGCACAGGUUCAUUCCAUGUUUUAAAGAUGAUUAGCCUAAAUAACUACCAACCUGUAUAAUAAUCUUGGACGCUAAGUGGUUGUAUAUGUGCUUUUAAGCGGGCGGACAGACAAUAAUAGAAUAGGUUUAACAAUUCACUCCUAAUCGACUGUAUUUAUUUUAUAUAUAUAUAUAUAUGGGAAGUUUACUAUAGUGGGGGAAAUAAGUGAUUUGUUUUGUAUAACAUGGCCUGUUUUUGUUUUUAAACAGUCUACAAUAGUACUAUCUCAAGCCCCGUUUAUACCUGGUGCUAACAUGGGUCCUUUGUCGUGAUCUUGACCACAUUCUGAUUGUGUCCACAUUUCUAGAAAUGUGUAACAUUGUGACCAAAUUUCCUGGUCCCUUCCUUUUUAUGCAAAUUAUUUCACAGCUAUUCUUUCUAUAUAAUAUUUAUUUAUUGUAAGACACAUAUUGAUGUAAUCAGUCAAUGGUGCCACCUGUCAAUGAUGUUAAAGGGUAGAAUAAUGAUGAUUGAAAUGGUGUCUCUGUCCAGAUCUGCCUACACUUGUGAGAUAUCCAGACACAAUGUGUCUUGACUACCUCCGGAGGUGGGCAGGAUGAUCUGAUCACAAUGUAUUUUUUUGAUUGUCUACACCCGUCUAAGAAUGUGGUCACAAUCAGAAUGUGGACAAGUUCAGGACAAAUGAUGCAAGUUAGAACCAAGUAUAAAUGGGGCUAUUGAGUGACAGACUGACUGUAAAAUAGAUUGCUAAGUGGGAACCAUAGAAUUAGAAUGAUCAGAAUUACAACCAUUCUAGUGCUAUGGUGGGAGUUGCUUUCAAAUAGUGAAUGGCUCACAGUGCAUAAUAGCUAGUAUGAAAGGAUAUCAACACUAUUUGGGGCUGGACCCUGAAACAUUAUACAUUCAGUUCAUAGUAUAUACUAUCACAUAUAAACCAUUACACCAUCACCCGAGGCUGUGUAGUAGCUAGCUGCAAUUAUCUAGCCUGGUCCCAGAUCCGUUUGUGCUGUCUUGCCGACUCCUAUAUGGACAAUGACAAUAGGAGUCGGCAAAACAGCACAAACAGAUUUAGGACCCAGGCUGAAAAGUAUGGGGUAGGCGCAGAGUAACUGACUGGAACCGUGGAAUCAGCUUGUAGACAAACUGGAACAGUUUUAAGUUCUAGAAUCUUGAACAGGGAUCAUGAUUCAUCUCGUAUAGAACAGUGCUUAAGGAAACCAGGAGAGAAUACUGAAGAUCAAUACCAUUACUAUGUUUACUGUAACAUGUAUGCUUAUUUAAUAAACUUCACAACCUCAAAGUGUGUGGUCAUAGAACAAGCA